UUUCUAAGGUUAUCCGAACUUCAGUAUUUGCCUUACUCGGUUUCGAGAUUUGUUCUUAAAAUGGCGUCUGCUUUGAGAAAUGUGUUUACUCUUCGGCUAGCUGGCAGAUUCUACUUGGCUUCUAUUAGACCAUUUUCUGUCAACUCCUCGAAGCUGACUUACAAAAUAGUAAAUCCAGGAGAUCUCAACAUGGACUGGAAAGAUAUCACAGAUCGGGCAGCUAAUACUGCUUUCUGGUCAGAAAUAUUUAGAGGUUUGGGUGUCACUUUGGGACAUAUAUUUAAAGAACCAGCAACAAUUAACUAUCCAUUUGAGAAAGGUCCUCUUAGUCCUCGAUUCAGGGGAGAACACGCACUUCGAAGAUAUCCAUCCGGCGAAGAGCGAUGUAUUGCCUGUAAAUUGUGUGAAGCAAUUUGUCCUGCACAGGCUAUUACUAUUGAAGCAGAGGAGAGAGCCGACGGCAGUCGUCGAACAACUCGCUAUGACAUCGAUAUGACAAAAUGUAUUUAUUGUGGAUUCUGCCAAGAAGCUUGUCCUGUUGAUGCUAUUGUAGAGGGUCCCAACUUUGAGUUUUCCACAGAAUCCCACGAAGAACUGCUGUAUAACAAGGAGAAAUUACUCAACAAUGGGGAUAAAUGGGAAGCUGAAAUAGCAUCCAACCUUCAGGCAGAUCAUCUGUAUCGAUAACUGAACCAGCAAUAGUUUAUCACUUUAGAUUAGAGAGGUCCAUCACUGGCUUAAAGUUACAGAUAAAUAGUUUGGUUUGUCAAACAUGGGACAUUACUCAAAAAAAUAAAAUGUAAGAUAAAUGAAUGUUAACAAUAACAUAGACAGUUAAAGAAUUGAGAUUCUCUCAUGAAACACGUUAAUUAGUUCUGAAUUUGUAUUAAAUAAUCGAACUGAAGUCGAAAUAAUAGCAGACCACAUACGAAAUUCAUUAGAAUUUUCUGAUGUUAAAAAAUUAAACUUUCAGUUUUUAAGAAAAGGGUUUCAAUGUGUAAUCUGGUAUUAUAAGAAUUGUAAUAAGCGUGAGAGUUCGUAUUUGAAGGACUGUUUGCUAUUUGAUAGUUUAGAUGUAAUCUUACAGUUCAAUGUACAUAACUAGACAUGGUGAAUAAAAACGCAACAGAGAUAAUCAUGAACAAGUUUACUUGUUUGUAUUUAUGAAAAAUAAAUGGUAGCACAGGGCA